UGACGGCUGCAGGGUUGACAGUUUGGGGAAACCAUUUCCUCAAACACUGGAGAACUUUACACCGCUGGAGAUUUUACUGUCCCACCUUUGAAACUUCAGCUGGGAUAAUGUUUAACUCUAAAGCAUGACUUUCGCGUUACUUUACAGUUCCCUCUGUGCGUAGCUUUGGGGAAAUCGAUGCGUUUUGAUUGGGAAGGGUAACAAUCGCAGAAACAAUGGUUUCCGUCUCCAAAGUUCUGCUCGGUGUCCUAGGGGUUGCCGUGGUGGUCAUUUUGAUUGCGGUCCCCACGGUAAUAUUUCUAAAAGAGGAUGAGGCGUCCAUCACAAAAACGUUCACACUGACCGACGUCUUCAACUCCUCACUGAGACCAGCGUUCUACAACAUGAAAUGGAUAUCAGAUUCUGAGUAUUUGCACAGAGAAUCCGACGACUCUGUCUCCCUCUACGACGUGAAGACAAGUGAUGUUAAAGAAUUUCUGAACAGAGACUUGUUUAUAGCACGGCACGCCUAUGACUACAUGCUGUCUGCUGACCGCAGAUAUGUCGCUUUCAUGAGCAACUAUAACAAGGUGUGGAGACACUCAUUCACAGCUUCUUAUAGCCUCUAUGAUCGAGAUUCAAACAAAGAUGUCAGCCCCGCUGAUAUUCCAGAUAUAGUCCAGUACUUUGCUUGGGCUCCUACUGGGAACAAACUGGCAUAUGUUUGGGACAACAACGUGUAUCUGAAGACCAGCCCUGAGUCCCCGAGGCAGCAGCUCACUACAAACGGGGAGCCAAAUAAGAUCUUAAACGGGAUUCCAGACUGGGUGUAUGAGGAGGAGAUGUUCUCAUCUAAUGCGGGUUUCUGGUGGUCACCUGGAGGGAAGUAUUUGGCCUAUGCUGAGUUCAAUGACACUCCGGUGCAUAAUAUUGAGUACUCCUUCUAUGGCGAUGGGCAGUACCCCAGCACCAUUUCCAUUCCAUACCCUAAGCCAGGUACUCCCAACCCUGUUGUGAAACUGUUUGUUGUGGAUACUGACAACACAACAAUAAUCACUGAAGUUGUUGUUCCAGCUGCAUUCAGAACAAUCGACCACUACUUAGCAACCGUUACCUGGGUAACUGAUACACGUAUAGCUGUUCAGUGGCUGAAGAGACUGCAGAACCACCUCAUCCUUCAGAUUUAUGACUUCAGCGGAUCUGCCUGGAAUCCCGUCGAGGACCUGGAGCUGACAAGCACUGGCUGGAUUGGGCGGUUCUCUCCAUCAGAGCCGGUUUUUGCCCCCGAUGGAAAUAGUUACUACCUGAUCAUGAGUGACAGUGCAAAGUACAAGCACAUCCAUCGUGUGGUUAAGGGAGAGGCUACAGCCAUCACAUCUGGAAACUGGGAGGCCAUUGAUAUUCUCAAAGUCACUGCAGAUAGUGUGUAUUAUUCAAGUAAUGAAAAAGACAACAAGCCUGGAGGAAGGAAUGUCUACGUGUGGUCAAACCAAGACUCCAGGUGUCUAACCUGCUCCCUUCUAUCGGACUGUGAAUAUAACUCAGCGUACCUGAGCCACAAUGCCUCCUACUACCGUUUCAGCUGCAGUGGUCCCAGAAUCCCGUAUUAUUCGCUUAUAGAUACGAAGAGUAAUAAACCAAUGAAGACUUUGGAAGAGAACAAGGCAUUUGAAGGUGAAAUAUCCCAACUCUCAAUGCCCACUGUUCGUCGAGGGACCAUUAAGCUCAAUAAUUAUAAUCUUUGGUAUCAGAUGUAUUUACCCCCAGACUUUGAUGAGUCCGAGAGGUAUCCUCUGCUAAUAGACGUGUAUGCCGGUCCCUGCAGUCAGAAAGUAGACAUGAGGUACAGGGUGGGCUGGUCCACCUACCUGGCAAGCACUCAGAAAGUCAUUGUUGCCAGCUUUGACGGAAGAGGAAGCGGUUACCAGGGUGACCAGCUGAUGCAUGAAAUCUACCAACGGCUGGGAACCUAUGAGGUGGAAGAUCAGAUAAGAGCGACUAAGGAGUUCAUAAAAAUGGGCUUUAUUGACGAAACAAGGAUUGCUAUAUGGGGAUGGUCCUAUGGUGGGUAUGUAUCUUCAAUGGUCCUGGGUUCUGGCAGCGGAGUUUUCAAAUGUGGAAUGGCAGUGGCUCCUGUAUCCAAAUGGGAAUAUUAUGACUCCAUCUACACAGAGCGCUAUAUGAGGCAGCCCUCAGAGAAUAGAGAUGCCUAUGAUAACUCCACAGUAACAGCCAGAGCCAAGAACUUCCAAUCAGUACAGUAUCUUCUGGUUCAUGGAACAGCUGAUGAUAAUGUUCACUUCCAGCAGGCUGCUGAGAUCUCAGAAGCUUUGGUCGAGGAGCAGGUUGACUUUGAGGCCAUGUGGUACACGGACAAAGACCACGGACUGGGAGGCUCAGCAAAUAUGCACGUCUACAAUCACAUGUCCAAGUUCCUAAAUACAUGCUUUGAAUAAAAUAAUCUAUAUUUAAUUAUUUUCUCAUGUGAAAAAGAUACUGUUAGAAUUGCUCUAACGUAUACCUCCUUAUUAUGUGCCAAAGAGGCCUUGCAUUAAUCUAAGACUGGAUAAUAAGCAGGGAUUGUGCAACCUUAAAUGUUUUUCAAUUUUGUGGCAGUAAUUUUAAAUGUGAUUUAUUUUUUCAUAUUUUCAUAAUGAUAAAACAAACUUGAAAAUGCCACAAACAGAAAGAGAUAUUUUAUCAGUUUUCUUUGAUUCUGACACUCGUUUUGUCCUUGUAUACAAUCAAAAUACAAGCCUCACCUCAUAUUUGCCCACAUUUGGUAAAUCAUCUGAGUCACCAGUGGAAAAAAGCUCAUCAUUUAAGUUCUGUGUCAAAUUCAUAUGUGCCUUAUCUAUAUUUUAUUUAAAGUUAAAAUAUAGAACUGAUUCAAUAAUAAGGUAAGGGUUACAUUGGAAACUACAUCCCCUAUAUUGGUCCCUAAAUUAGGCAACUUAGCAGGUAAAUAUGUCUGUGAUUUUCCAAGGAUUUGAAGUCAAAUCAGAUGUUAACAAAGUGCAAGACUGAAACACGCAGUUUAACAGUGUUGCCCCUCCUCCACCUGUUGCUGGGUAAUAGCGGUUUGCAGGCUAAAAGAAGGAUCUCACACUUUCCUUGCUUACAGGAAGUUAAAUAUCGUUUGUAAGGACAGAGCUACUGGAGCUGAUAUAAGCUUGUUGGAACCGACUUCUUUAAAACAUUGAUGUUUUAAUCAAGCUGGGGAAGAUUUUAUACUUAUUUGUGUUUAUCUAGUUGAUUUUCUCAGUGCUAAGGUUGUUUAUUGUGGAUGGCCAAUGAGUUGUCAUAACAUAUGAAGCAAUGUUUCAACCAAGAAAAUGAGAAACGCACCAUGAAAUCGGAAAAAAUCAUUUGCAUCUAACAUUAUAUAUUAUAUAUACAAUAUUUAGAGAUAAUGUAAUGCAUUCUGUUUAUGUUGUAUAUUAAAAUGUAUAGUAUUUUACCUUGUAAAAUAACAUACAUUUAUUAAAUGAUGAAAACUGAACCGAAUUUAUUUCUGA